AUGACCACGGUCGACACGCUCUUCGCCGUGGCGGACUUUUGCCUGAUACCCAUGGGUACCGGAAGCUCUUCUGUCGGAGAGCACAUCGCAGAGUGCGCACGCAUCUUGGAAGGCUUCGAAGCUCAAGGGUUGGUUUUCAAGAUGCACGGCUAUGGGACAAACCUUGAGGGCCCCUGGCCGCUGGUGUCCGAAGCCAUCCACGCCUGCCACGCUGCGGUGCACGCGCAGGGCGUGCCGCGAAUCGCCACUGAUAUCCGUAUCGGGACCAAGGCCAGCAGCCUCGCUUCCACUUCCAGUGUUGCAAGCAGCGCCGACAGGGGCAAGAUGAGCGAGAACGAGAGGAAGCUGGAAAGCGUAAUGAGGCGCCUCGCUAAGUCUUCGACGGGCACGGGUUCGGCGAUUGGUGCCACCGGUACCAAAAGCACGGCUGAGCAGCAGACAUGA